AUGAAUCGCUUAACAGCUGAUAAGAGCGUCAUUGACUUCUGGAAACAGAACAAACAAUUGCCGCUAAUGAAGGAACUCGCAUUCGAUACUCUAAACUUUAGAGUUAGACUAAAAAAUUUAAGCUGGAAGCUUAAAGAAGCUCAUCUUUUUGGGCUUCGGAAGCGGAAGCUUAGAGAAGCUCAUCUUUUUGAGAAGCCGAAGCGGAAGCUUGGAAGCUUUUUCAGAAUUCUGGGAAGCCGAAGCGGAAGCUUGGAAGCUUUUUCAGAAUUCUGA